UGGUGGGUAAGGGCUAAUAUGCAAAUAUUAGAAAUUAUUGUUUUCUUUUGGAAUAAAUUAGAAGAGAAUACUUGUAUUUUGUUGGCUUGGUUUCAGUUUGGUCUUCUCUGUACUUCGGAUGCAGUAUUCUUGCCAGCCGAAACUCCAGCAAUGUCCGGCAUCCCAAAUUCCCGCCCACCGACCGCGAGGAAGAAGAGAAAUCUCCCCGGCAAUCCAGAUCCUGACGCGGAGGUAAUCUCUCUAUCUCCGGCGACCCUAAUGGCGCCCAACCGCUUCCUUUGCGAGAUCUGCAACAGAGGAUUCCAGCGCGAACAGAACCUCCAGCUCCACCGGCGCGGCCAUAACCUACCUUGGAAACUCCGGCAGCAUCCGCCCGGCGGACCGCCGGCCAGGAAACGAGUGUACGUUUGUCCGGAGCCCAGCUGCGUCAACCACGACCCGGCUCGAGCUCUCGGCGACCUCACUGGCAUCAAGAAACACUUUUGCAGAAAGCACGGGGAGAAGAAAUGGAAGUGCGAGCGAUGCGGGAAGCGCUACGCCGUUCAGUCGGACCAUAAGGCUCACUCCAAGACCUGCGGAUCCCGUGAGUACCGCUGCAAUUGCGGAACUCUGUUCUCUCGCAAGGAUAGCUUCGUUACUCACCGCGCGUUCUGCGACGCGCUUACUCGAGAUUCUGCGGCCAACGAAUCGCUCAGCUGCGCAUCGGAUGAGACGCCGUCGGAGAUGGCGCCGCCGCCGCCGCCCGCGGCGUAUAUGUCGGCGACGGCAUUGCUGCAGAAGGCGGCGGAGAUGGGGGCGGCGGCGAGCGCGGGGUCGUCGUCGAUGUUGAUGGCAGGGCUUCUGCGGUCGACGAAGGGGAAGACAAGGGAUUUCUUGGGAAUGGGGAGGGAUGAUGGCGGUGGUCGGAGUAUGGAGGAGGUGGCGAGGUUUGGAUCUUUGGGUUCGGGAAUGGAGUUUGUGGGAACUGGUACUUCGUACAAUGCUGCGGGUUAUAAUUAAUUCUUGCUCUGUUUCAAAGAUUGGUUUUUUAAUGCAGGGGGGAAAUGAUCUUCGUUGAUGUUUUUGAUCUUUUAUAGAUCCGAGAGGUUUAUGUUCCGUAUUUUGAUCGUUGCCGCAGGAAGAAGAUGAAAGGAGGAAUUUUGAAUGUCCGAGAAGUUAAUACUCUGGAGUGAUUGCUCGGGGAUUUCUAUUUCUUUGGUCCAUAGAGAAAAUAUUUUGGACAUCGCCCGUCGGGAUGGUCAACUACCGGCUGUCAUAUAUUUAUACACGUCAUCAGCGUGCAACGUGGAGACCGGUGGCUGGUCAUCCGUCCGGACAUGCAGACGUUUGGAUGAAAUAUUUUUCCCUGGACAACAACGUAGAUUGUAUCAUGUUAUGCAUCAAUUUACCGUGUAGGAUUGAUGUAAUAUUUUCUCUUAAUCAUUUCUCGAUAUGUAGAUGAUGUGGAUCGCACCACACCGUGCGUUCAAUAGUACAAUAAGAUUCUUGUUUUGACCACAAGAUG